AGGAGAGAAAGAAAAUAGAGGAAGAAGAUGAAGUCUACAAAUGACAACAACAAUGGCAGCAAUAGUCAUAAUAACAACUGGUUGGGUUUCUCUCUCUCACCCUACAUGAAAAUGGAGGUUUCUUCAAACCCUCAUCAUCAGUACAAUCAUCAUCAUCAUCAACCUCAGCUAGUUCUUCCUUCUGGCUUCUAUCUCUCCCCUUCUUCACACCUCAACAGCUCUGCAAUCUGUUAUGGGGUUGGAGAAAAUGGUGGCUUUCACUCACCCUUGUCUGUAAUGCCUCUCAAGUCAGAUGGAUCUCUCUGUAUCAUGGAAGCUCUCAGUAGAUCACAACCACCACCACCACCACAAGGUUUGCUUUCUUUUCUCUUCUCUUUCCUUUUUUCUUUUCUUCUUUGUGUUCUAUGUUUUGAAAUCUUUUUGGGUUUGAAAAGGGAUGGUGCCAAACUCUUCCCCUAAACUUGAGGACUUUCUUGGUGGUGCAACAAUGGCAGCCCACCACCAAUACAGUACCAAUGAGAGAGAAGCAGUGGCUCUAAGCUUAGACAGCAUGUACUACCACCACCAAAAUGCUGAUCAACAAACCAAUAGGCAACAACAACAGCAAAAGAUGGAUGAAAUUCAACAACACCAGCAUUAUUACAAUGGACUCUCAUGCAAUGAUGGGUUGUACCAACAGACACCAUUGGAGGAGCAGAGAGAAGAAGAAACUAGGGAGACCCAACUUGCAGACUGUGAUAAUACCCAAAUCACUGCUUGCCUGAAAAAUUGGAUUGUGGUGGAGGAUAGUGGUGGCGCGUGUGGGUCAGGUGGUGGUCCAGUGGGUGGUUGUGGGGAUUUACACUCUCUGAGCUUGUCAAUGAGCCCUGGUUCUCAGUCAAGCUGUGUCACAACUCCAACCCAGAUCUCACCUACUGGAACUGAGUCCACAGUCAUGGAAACCAAGAAGAGAGGGUCUGCAAAAGUUGCUCUGAAGCAACCUGUUCAUAGGAAGUCCAUUGACACAUUUGGGUGGAGAACCUCUCAGUAUAGAGGUGUUACAAGGAAUAUCACGGACAGGGACCAACAAACCCUUCUCUGGAUCAGUGGUGGGAUCAAAGGCAAAAGCAACUAA